AUGGCCGCCCUCCUCCCCAUACUGAAUACGCGCGCCUACGAUCGUGUUGCGUAUUCGGUUAUUCUCCUCAAGGGUGAGGGUGGGAGUGAUGAUGAGGAUGAAGACCAAGUAGGGGAUGAGGCGAAUAUCAAUACCUACAGCAACAACCAAGAUCAAAACAGCGAGAUAUCCCUCGGGACGCCAGGUCUGCAGACGCAAAAGAGGAAGAAAAACGGUUUGGGCCAAAGUCGGAGGUCUCCAUACGCCUUUCCACGGCCACAGCCCGAUCUUGCUACACCUGCUUCUCCUCCUCUGUCUUCUUCACCGGCUACACCCGCCGCUCCCGCGCCCACGCCUGCCAGUACGAGUGUGAGUUUCAAUGGAGCGCGCUUUAUGUCAGCUGCUGAUGAGGUGCUGGAUCGGGUGAGUGUGGGGUUGGAGAAUAUGGAGGAUGGGGAAGUUGGGUCGAGGGAGGGGAGUGUUGUUGUUCAUGGGAUGGAUGAGAUGAGUGGACGGGUUCGGGAGCAGGAUUGUGAGGCGGAUGACCAUGAACUGGAGCAGCGUUCUCAGGAUGAGGGCUAUGACGAAGACGAAGACCAUGACGAUGAUAAUGACAUAGGCCAGGACCAGGGCCAAGAUCACGGUCAGGAGCAUUGUCAAGAUGCAGGCGAUGGUCAGGAUGAGGACCGCCAUCAAAACCACGACCAGGAUCAGAACCAGGACCAGAACCCUUAUCACGAUCUUCCUGAGCCCAUCUACACUGGAGGAAUCUGGAUCACUGCGAAAGAUCAUGAUGAGCCUCAAGCCGCUCCUACAAUUCCCGGCAGCCCCUACAACCCACGCAAACGCAGUGCGACGGUGGCUUCCCUACCUGACUCAAUUUCGGACUCGGAAAGGAAGUAUGAAGGAUACAAGCACAAGCUCGUGGCGGAGGAGUCGAUCGUAUCUCCCAGCAAAUCUACGAACAGGCACAGCCGGCUUCCACGUCCGAUCAGUCUGAAAUCGCCCGUUGAGGUGAAGCCCGAGAAUAUCCCGCUGCCUCGAGAUUCUGUACCCGUGCUUGAAGUUGAUUUUCGACGCUUCGAGCAAAUUGAUUCCCUCGCAAAAGAGCGCGGCGUUCCUCUUGUCAAAAAAAACUUGGAUCGACUGCCGUCGAUCGCAAAGAAAGGAACGUUCAGGCCUGAGAUCGAGAGGCUUUCGACGGUUGUGAACAUCAAUACCUCAUCCGCCAAGCAGAGUAGCUCGCUUCCAGACUAUGAGUCUGACAGAGCAUCAUCUGAGAAUGACGGUAUCCCUCUGGUGGGACACUUCCUUUGCGAACUCGAUGUCUCUCCAGAUACUCACGGAUCUAACGACCAACCACGACUUGUCCUCAUUGACGGUACAUUCUAUGUGCAAACCUCACCCAAGGUCAAACCCGCAAUCUAUGAAGUGCACAUCAAAGUCCUGUUGCAUGUCCGGAAAGCAAGGCCGGAGGGUUGGAAUGCGCUGAUGAUCCCGGGAUUGCCACGCCUGCGAGCCGGCGACUAUGGCUACAUCGUCCUUUGCAUGCCACUCGACAAGGGAAUCGAAUUUCGCACCACACCGUUCAAGCGAGCUCAAUUUGUUGAGGGCUGUUUAAUGGCCCAGUUUGCCACAUCCUCGAAUCUUGUUGUGCCCCUGCGGAUCUUCGACAAGGAAUACUACGGCUAUGUGAAGGACUUCAAGGUGAAGCAGAUGAUUCGAUCCGAAAUUGUUGACGAAAACAAGGAAGUCUCUUUGGUCAAGUACAACGCAAUCUGCUCGAUCGAACCGGUGCAACGCAUUUUCCGCACUGAUCAGUGCAGCUUCGUCAUCUAUGUGCAUGGUGGUCCACCUGGUGAGUAUGCCUGCGACUUGACCUCGUCUGAGAACGAACUCCAGACCAUCGACCUGAGCGCUGAACCAAGCUUUCGUCAACUUGGCCUCGCUGCGCUAGAGGUCCGUUGUCGGUCCUCCGACUUGGAGAAGUUUGUCGUGACGUGGUCUGUCCAACUGUCACGGACAAAUCUGUCGACCUGGCUGCCUCGCAUCAAGGCCACCGCAAACACUGAAGGCAACAAAUCCGAGAUGAGCCUUAUCGCACACUUGGGGCUGGUGGACCGUCCUGCACUUCAACCAACAGAAACGAAGGGCAAGCACCGUGAUUGCCCCGUUUGCAACACGACACACACUGAUGGCCAGACCGAACCAGAGCUGUCUUGCAUCUGGAAGUCUGCAAAGUGGUGGCUGUUCCUGAACUUGGUCUGUUGGUUGUUCACCAUUUGCGCCUACGUCUUUCUACCCAAAUCCAAUGACUCUUCCCCCGUCGAGACCGCGCUUGCAGAUACUAUGCCACUGGCUGAUACGAACACGGUGGAGAUUCCAAAAGUGGUGUUGGAGCAAAAUGAGCAGCUGGGUGAGUUUGAGCAUGCUGGUCUAGUUGAGGAAGAUUGGCACAAGUUCGUUGUGCCCGGGGAGUCGCUAACUCUUCGAGAUCGAUUCGACCGUUUCUUCGGCUGGUGUGAGCCUGUUAUUGUGCAUGAUGCGUGA